CCCAAUCUUGUAAUCAAUCAGGUUAAGUUUCAAGCUGUGUUCUGGCCUUCAGGUGGAUCGAUAUCAGCUAAAGAAUGGUCGCCACAUCAUUGUUCUUGCUGAGGGUCGCUUGGUGAAUCUUGGUUGUGCAAUGGGCCAUCCCAGCUUUGUAAUGAGCAACUCUUUCACCAACCAAGUUCUGGCACAGAUUGAGUUGUGGACCAACCCUGGCAAGUACCCAGUGGGUGUACACUUCCUGCCAAAGAAGCUGGAUGAGGCUGUGGCAGCUGCGCACUUAGAGAAACUGGGAGUGAAAUUAACCAAACUAACGUCAGAUCAGGCAUCUUACCUUGGAAUUCCUCAAGAUGGACCCUUUAAACCAGACCAUUACAGAUACUAAACGUUCUGCUGAAUUCAAUGAAAACCAAAGUGCAGCAACAUUCCUCUGAAGGGUUUGAUUUGUUGUAAUCUGUAAUGGAUCUUCAUAAUGAUCAAAUGCUUACAAAGUCCCAGGAAAAUUUAUUGUUCUGCUCUUAAGCAAUUGUGAUCAUUUAAUCACCAAAGCAUCUUAAUUUUGUAUCUGUGUUGAUAUUGAAAUAAAAUCCUGCAGAAAUGUA